AUGUCUCUUUUCACAAGUACAAUCAAUGAAGUUUUACCGUUCAUGCCUGUCGAAAUUCAUGGAAAAACGAUUGAAAUUUUUAAUCGUAUUCCCGGUACAUUACUCAAAUAUUUUGAUCCAAAGGCAAUAACAAAAAAAGCAGAAUGUGGUGAGCAUAAUUUCAAUAACGCUAAAACUAUUGGAAAUGAUAAGGCUGAUAUAGAUUCUCGUGAUACACAUAAGGAUACAAGUGAUUUACCAAGCAAAAAAUCCUAUAAUACCGAAGGAACUCAAAGAAGUCUUAGUCUUCGAGCAAAAUCUUCAUCAAAAUAUGGAUCAGAAAAAGAUACAGCAUUCAAUAGUGAUCUAUGGUUUAGUACACAUGGAUUUGAUAAUGGUAAAGAUUAUAGUAAUCUUCGUACACAAUUACGUGAUUCAAUAAAGAAAAUGUUUCGAGAACGAAAUAUAACUGAAAUAAGUCCAAGUAAAAUUGCACGUGAAAUAGCAACAAAAUGUCUUGAACAAUGUCCAAAUUGGGGUAAACAACAUCAAAAUACAUCAGCAAUAGUUCGAUUUAAUUCAACAUAUAUAACUGAUGAUCCAUUAGUAAAAAUGAAUAUUCAUGCAUAUGUUUAUGCUCAUUUAGUUUGUGAACAUGAAUCAUCAUUUAUGUUUAGACAUAGUUAUAAAAAUAGUUUUGAUUUAACAAUUGAAGUCAAUGGUAUUUCAAUAGAUCCAAUAAAAAUCUCACAAUUUAUACGAUUAGUUACAGAAAAUAGUGUUUCAGAUUCUGUUAAAGCAAUUGAAGGAAUUGCACCAUUAACUUGGGAUGAUUUAAAUGGUCCACAUACAACUCGAAAUACUGAAAAAAAACUUGCAUUAACAUGGGAUGAUAUAUAA